GCUUCAGUGCUCUGUAGUGUUCGUACGCUGUUAUCUGGUCGGUCUGCGGUGGGCGCUGAGCUGCUCUCACUCAUCAUGGCUCUGUACAACUAUGUCAGCAAGGAGCAACUGGCUGGGUUUGAUAAAUACAAGUACAGCGCAGUGGAUACCAACCCACUCUCCAUCUAUGUCAUGCACCCCUUCUGGAACUCCAUGGUGAAGGUCAUGCCCACUUGGUUGGCCCCUAACCUCAUCACUUUUACUGGCUUCAUGUUUCUGGUACUCAACUUUGCCAUCUUAUCCUUCUACGACUUCAGCUUCUACGCCUCAGCUGAAGGUAACGCUCAUGUGCCAAGUUGGGUCUGGAUUGUGGCAGGCCUCUUCAACUUUGUGGCGUACACUUUAGAUGGUGUGGAUGGAAAGCAGGCACGCAGGACGAACUCCAGCACUCCUCUGGGUGAGCUGUUCGAUCAUGGUUUGGACAGCUGGGCAUGUGUGUUCUUCGUCAGCUCCAUGUACUCAGUGUUUGGGCGUGGUGAGAGCGGCGUCAGUGUUCUUACGCUCUACGGUUUGCUCUGGGUCGUCCUCUUCUCCUUCAUCCUUUCACACUGGGAGAAAUACAACACAGGCGUGCUCUUCCUGCCCUGGGGUUACGACCUCAGCCAAGUGACGAUCUCUAUUGUGUACAUAGUCACGGCAGUAGUGGGUGUGGAGACGUGGUAUAAGCCGCUGAUUUGGAACAUUCACUACAGGGACCUGUUCAUUGUCAUGAUCCUGGGUUGCUUGUUUGCUGUAACUCUACCAAUGAGCUUCUACAAUGUUUUUAAGGCAUAUCGCAGUAACUCAUUAAAACACAGCUCUAUGUAUGAAGCUCUGCUGCCCUUCUUUUCACCCAUACUUCUCUUCAUCCUCUCCGCACUGUGGAUUUUCCUGUCACCAAACAACAUCUUAGAGCUGCAUCCUCGAAUCUUCUACGUUAUGGUGGGCACAGCCUUCUCCAACGUCACUUGUCACCUAAUCGUGUGUCAGAUGAGUAACACGCGCUGCCAGCCGCUGAGUUGGCUGUUGCUUCCCAUGGCUCUGGUGGUGUUGCUGGUGUUCUCCGGUGUAGUGCAGCAGAGUGAGAGUGUGCUGCUGUACGUCUGGACAACUGCAGUCAUCCUCAUACACAUCCACUAUGGUGUUUCAGUGGUGAAGCAGCUAAGCAGUCACUUUAAGAUCUACGCUUUCUCACUGAAGAAGCCGGCCUCAGACUGACUAGACGAGGAGAAAAUUGGCCUGACUGCGGCAGAGGUCUAAGCUCUUCCAGCAUUCUGCCCAGCCGGCUGACACAACCCAAUCGCCGCUGAGACCCACCUCGAACCAAGAAACCAAACGCUGCUGACCGAACACACCUUCUUCUGCCUGAGCCUGGACAGCUAAGGGGGAGGACACAUCUGAUCCUGUUCUGAUCACGUUGGCUUUUCUCUGCUCGGCCGGAGCCGUUUCAGGGUUGACUGAGGCUGUUCGGCUUUCCCGUGUCUGACGCUGAGCAGAUUCGCUUGUUUCCUACGGAAAUGCUCUCUCAGCGAUGACACACACAAACGCAUGCCCAUUCAGAUAGUGAGCUACAUUCUACACACACUCACAUGCUUAAUGAUCACUCAUUAAUCAAUGUUGUGUACAUGUUUGCCUUUUUAUUUUUGGGUUGAAUAGUAAAAUAACUGCUUUUUAUUUGGGAAAAUGUAUGACAUACUAAAUAAAAAGGCAAAGUGGUUUUGAGAAUAGAUUAGCAGUUUAAGAAUAGUUCACGUUAUUUAUUUUUAGAAGGAAUUUAAAGUAGAUUUUUUUUCAUGUUGGCGUUUUUACAUGACCGUCCUUAACUGCCAUGGCUGCAGCUUUUUAAGCUUGAAUAGGAAAAGGGAAGUCACUUGAACCCUGAUUUUUAACUAGACAGGAACUAUAUUAACUCAUUAACUCACUGUCCUAAUAUAUUUACCUCAGUCUCUGGGAUUUUAUUAUUAUAAUUUUUUUAAUGUUGAGGAUGGUGUUAGUUUCCGGGUGCUUGUUUUGUUUCUUGGUUUCUUUCUGCCUCUUUUCUUUUACUAGUGAGCUUUUAUUAAGUUUAUUUGCGCUAAAAUGAAGAGUGCGCUUUAAAGCCUGCCAAGGAAAGGGCGCACUCUGAGUGGGCGAGUGUCACCUCGCUCCGUUCUUUAAACAUGAUAAAAGCGCUAGUCUUUUCUCUCUUUGUGUCUAUAUUGCCUACGCAUUGGGGCUGGGCAGUAUGAUAUGGUAUUGAUGUUCCGAUAAUUCAACAUCAUGAUACACUAAGUUAUAUGAUUAAAAGUGUGUGUUAAAUUGGGCGAGCCAGGAGGUGUGUUCAGGUGUCGGGACAGAACAAAGCGCAGUACAUUCCAGAAUUGAACUGAGCAGUUUGAGUACAAUAAAAAGGACAAAUAUUGGUUGUGCACUGCUAAUGUAAACUAAGAAUUACAAAUUAAAUUGAAUGUAGAAGUUGGAAACACCUUAAUUAGAAUGGUUCCUUCAGUUCAUUUCUUUCAUGCAGUUUGAUUUUUUCUCAUUCUAUAUUUACAGUGUUUUAACUGCACAUCAUGUCGUUUGACUUUGUACUUUUAAAAAUAAAAGCAUUGUUUGCUAUUACAGAUUUGGGAAAUUUUGGAUUUGGUUUUGACCCACUUCUCUUUGUAGAUUGUCAUCAGUUUUUCAAGGUCAAAAGGCUUCUUCUAACUGACUCACAGUAUUACAUUUUUGUUGCGUUAAAGCCAGGAUUGGUGCAGCCAUGCACCUUUUAUGUUCUUUUAUUAGAAACCUGUACUUCAGGAUCAAAGUGUCUGCUAGGAUCAAUUCUGCCACUCACACUUUGGUCCAGCAUUUAAAAGUAAGCUGUGCACAAGCUUGCACGUUCACACUCAUUUUCCUCCAUGUAAGACGCUGGUUGGGCGAGUGGUAUGGACGGGCAUUUUUAUGUCAGUCUAAUUUUUGUAAAACAUUAAUCAGCACAACAACCGGCCACUGCCUAAUGUUUAACUCUUAAAAAUACAGUAACUGCUCGAUCACAUAUGUCUCGAGUGCUAUGCUGAUAUAAACAUGCAUUAUUAGUUGAAAUUAUUUGCAUUGAAACAUUUAAAAGAAACUCCUAAUUCUGACCUUUUUUUUUUUUUUAAUAAAUGCUCUAUGUUUAGGUGCCUGUAUACGUGCAGUAGCAGUGUAAUGCGUUUUAUGUUUUUUGUGGCUUUGUGCCACACUAAUUUUAAGAACGUUGAAAUAAAUCUGUGCAUAAGUAUGCUGCCAGCCUCCUAUGCAUAGAUCCACACACAUGCACAAAACCUGAACAUGAUUGCAAAAAUGCAGAAUCAAAAGUUUAUUGAAGCCUUUUGGUAACUGAUAGAAGCUUUGGCAUGUCCUCUGUGCUCGUCAAAUCCUUUUUAUUUAUUUAUAAAUGAUUCUCAAAGCAUAAAGUUUUCAUAUUACUGCUCAUCUGUUUUGUUAUAUUGUUUUUAGCCAUAUUGCCCAGCCCUACCUCACUUUUCUGCUUUUUUAUUCUUACUGUUUUUCUUUUCUAUUUUGUGUUUUUGAAGGUUUAACCAUCUACCGACUUCAUUCAUGUUUAAGUAAACAGCAUGUGAAAUGGAUUGUUUUUGCAUAGUAGCAGGUUACAUCCUGAAGGCAGCUGCCUUAGUGACUGAAUGUUUUGAAUGGAUCUUAAUGGUACCUCUCAAAACUAACCUUGGCAGGAAUCAGUCAGUCGGAAUUCUUUAUUAUAUAUUAUAUGCUUUUAAUCACACAGCUAACAUUAUUUAUUCUUACAAGUGAUAUCAGUUUUGCUUUUAACUGAUCAGACUAAAGUGAUACAGCAGAGCUGCUUCCUGAAUGGAAAAGCAUUUAUCUUGGAAGCGCACAAGUAUGUGGCCAUGCACGCUGUUUUGGGAGGUCUUUCGAUUGGAAAUGUAGGCGUGUUUGAAUGUUUGUCUCUUGCUCUGUACACUCAUGUUCCAAAACUAACAGUUAUUGCUUGAUAGCAUUUUUCCAGUGCACAACGAACUAGAACGUGGAAACUUGAAUUGCACUUUUUUGAUGCAAUAACAAAUGUUUCAGUUCCUGCACCAAAGAGUCCUGUUUAGAUACGACACAUAUAGGAUUUGGCUCAUUCUCAGUCAUGUCACAAUACGUCAUCAUUUUUGCAAUGGUUGGCUGCACAGAUGGGUUACCUUUCUCCAAUUCCUUCUGUCUUGUGUUGCUUGUAGCAGCUUCUCUCCCUGUUGCAAACUUCAAUAAGCCAGUGGUACACUUCUCAAUGCCCACGCUUUCUCUGACCAUCAGUACCACAGACUUUUUUUUUUAAUCCUGAUGUGUUGUCAGAGCUAGUAUGCCAUUGUUCUUUUGGACUACUCAUUCAUGCUCUGUGGGAUCAAAUAGACUGACUAAACAUCUCAUCAUUCCAAACUAUUCCUAACGUUGUGCUAAGUUGACCCUGCAUGCACUUGGUUGUGGAAAAACUCGUUUUGUUUAAGAACUGUGCUGCAGCCCACAGUUCUAGUUCUCCAUAGAUUAGGUUGUGGUCACUUAGUCUGGAACCUCCUUGACCUUACUGUGAAAAAAAAAUACAAAAGUUAAAUAUUAAGAGUUUUCUGUUGGCACAGCAGUCGUAUGGUGCAUGUAUGGUGUAUGUGGCCAACCACCACAGAAAAAUUAGUUUUACUCUCAGAGGUGCCUUAACAUCUAGAAUGGACGAUGUCUACACAAGCUGCAGAGAAAUAAAGAUAGUACUUGACAGUCAAAGCAUAAAAUACAAACAGUUCUUGAACAUUAAAUUUUAAACUUUUUGCUUAAUUAUGUAAUACAUUUUUUGUUUUUCUAAUCUGACACCAGUUCUGCUUUAUUAACUCGUACAUGUUUCAUUGUGGUGGUAAUGUAUGUAGUGAACUUUUCCCUAGUCUAGUUGCAUCAUUUUCUUGGCAUAUGCGAGCACUGUUUCUGCACAUGUGCAUUUGGGGAAAUCCGAUACACAUCAGAGCUCUGAUCUCAACAGCUGGCUUAAUCUGAUUUUCUGAGCUGCUAUACGACGAUUGACGACUGCAGAAAUCCGUUCAUGAUCAGAUUAUUACUGUGCGUGUAAUUAAACUUGAUAAAUAUGAUGUGUUCUCACUGCAACCUUUAUCUGGUGUUUUUAUACAUGCCAUGAAGUAAAGGCUCUGAGAUCCUCUGAGAAGUGAAGAUGGACCUUGUUGUGCACUGGAACAGUAAAAUAUGCACAAGUAUUUUAUUCCUUAGAGUUUAUUCCAUAUUCAGAACACACCUCUGCAUUCAUUGCCUUUGGGAUGUUCCCAAUUAUAUGGUGUUUUUUGUUUAGUUUUUAAGUCUCUGUGUAAUUUUUGUUUUGUGGUAAAUGGUGCUCCAGCAAGUCAUGUGAUGCAAGCAGCAUUUAAGGGUUCUGCUACCUCUAGGAUUGUUGGCUUGGGAUUAAACUGUACUUUGUAAAGUAGAUGGAAUUACUGUAUUUUUUUAAACGUAGCAUUACCUGUGGGUUUCAUUGGCUGCAUGAGACCAGGUGGUGACUGCAUUAUUUUCUUGAGUUUCAGGAUCCUCAUAAAUGUGACCUUUCUGCUACUGGAAUGGUGAGCAGUGGGGAUAGUCUCUAUUUUUCAAGCUGUUAAAAGUAUUCAGUAAUGUUCUAUCUUGAAUGUAAUUAAUGUAUUUGUAUAAUACUUAAGUUUAUCUAAUUGUAGAUUUUUGGGUUGUUUUUAAACUUGUACAAUAUACUUAUGAGGAACCACUAAGUAAUCAGUGUAAUACAAUGCAAAUGUACUGUAUUGUACUCAACAUUACAAAGACCAAUUAAAUAAAAUUGGAUUUAACAUGU